CAAGCACCUCAUAGACUCACAGAGCAAAGAGAAGAGCUCUGAAACUGUGAUGUUCAGCGUUUCCCAAAUUCCUCAACCUUGAAGCCACGAAUUAGGAUACCCAAUUUCAAAUUCAAGUACUUGCUACUUCAUGGUUUUUGGGUUCAGAUUGUGGUGGCAGUAGCAACAAAUUUCUCAAAUCUCUUCAUACACACAGAAAAACAAAAAGAUUUUAAGGUUUGUUUGGAAGGGUUUUAGCAGCCACUAAUAUUGUCUUGUCCCAUUUUGGAGUAGAGACAGGGAAUAAGGUUUUUCAUUUAUUUUUGUUAAAAAAAUGCCAACUUUGAUCUCAGCUAGGUUUCUUCUUGUUGUUGGAGAGUCAUUCCCCAUAAGAAGGGUUUUGGCCACUUCUAGGAAUGCUUCAUUGUGCAGUAGUGUCCGUUGUAUGAGCCAGGUGGAACCACAUAAUGGUUCCCUCACCCUUUCUAGCAUUGGUUUCCAAAGUGAAAUUGAACCAAGAAACAUAAGCAAACCAAAUAAGCUUAAGCCAUUAGGUUCUUCCUCUGAGGCUCUCAAGAGCAAAGGAAAGCCCUUUGGAAACAAUGGGAAGAAACCAGUUAGGGUUAUAGACAAACAGCAAAUAGAGUCUGCCCCUUUUGCUGCUAAAUCAUUUUCAGAACUUGGCCUUCCCAAUGUGUUGAUUGAGAGGCUAGAGAAUGAGGGGUUCAAUGUUCCAACUGAAGUUCAGUCUGCUGCUGUUCCUACCAUUCUGAAGAACCAUGAUGUCAUUAUUCAGUCUUACACAGGUUCAGGGAAAACAUUGGCUUAUCUACUUCCUAUACUUUCUGCUAUUGGGCCAUUAAGGGACAAAAUUCCUGAAGGAAAUGGUGAUGGUGGUGAGGCUGGGAAGAAAUUGGGGAUAGAAGCAGUGGUUAUUGCUCCUUCUAGGGAGCUUGGAAUGCAGAUAGUGAGGGAGUUUGAGAAAAUACUAGGAAUGGAUAAUAAGAGAGCGGUUCAGCAGCUUGUGGGAGGUGCAAACCGAACCAGGCAGGAAGAAGCUCUCAAGAAAAAUAAACCUGCCAUUGUUGUUGGCACUCCUGGUAGGAUAUCAGAACUUAGUGCAGCUGGGAAACUGCGCACCCAUGGAUGUCGUUUUCUGGUAUUAGAUGAAGUUGAUGAACUCCUAUCCUUCAAUUUCCGGGAAGACAUGCACCGGAUAUUGGAGCACGUAGGGAGGAGAUCAGGUUCAGGUGCAGACCCAAACUCGAAUGACAAAAGGGCCGAGCGUCAGUUAAUUAUGGUUUCUGCAACUGUGCCAUUUUCUGUUGUAAGGGCAGCUAGGAGCUGGGGUUGUGAACCACUUCUUGUCCAAGCUAAGAAAGUUGUCCCUCUUGAAACCGUUUCGCCUUCUCAGCCUGUUAAUUUGUCAAGAUCUUCACCCAGCUCGAGUCCUAACUCAUCCAUGCCAUCUCAGACAGCAGCAGUAGAUAGUCUACCUCCUGCAUUGAAACACUAUUACUGUGUAGCAAGGUUGCAGCACAAAGUUGAUACUUUGAGAAGGUGUAUUCAUGCACUGGAUGCCAAAUUUGUGAUAGCUUUCAUGAACCAUACUAGGCAGCUAAAGGAUGUUGUCUUCAAGCUGGAGGCCCGUGGGAUAAAAGCCGUAGAGUUACAUGGAGAUCUUGGGAAGCUUGCUAGGUCAAAUACUCUGAAGAAAUUCAAGAAUGGUGAGGUGAGAGUUCUGAUGACAAAUGAAUUAUCAGCAAGGGGUUUGGAUGUGGCAGAAUGUGAUCUUGUGGUUAAUCUGGACUUACCCACAGAUUCAAUUCACUAUGCGCACCGAGCUGGCCGAACUGGUCGGCUUGGUAGGAAUGGUACAGUGGUAACCAUAUGUGAAGAGCCAGAAGUGUUUGUUGUGAAGAAAUUGCAGAAGCAGCUUGGAUUACCAAUAGUAUGUUGUAAUUUUGCAGAUGGAAAGAUGCUUGUCACUGAAGAAGAGAAAACACUAAGCACUUCUUGAAGAUGAGGUGUUAUAUUUUUGCAACAUGUUUGGUUGAUAAUGCAUUUUCCAUGUUCAAUGUUUUUGUUCUUCAUUCAGAAAAGCUAUAUUUAAGGGAUUGCUUCUUACCUAUUUUACUAAUUGAUAACUAUUACUUGAGUGCACUGUGCACAUUAGAAAUGUUCCUUGUAGUUUACAUUUUAAGUUGAAUAUAAAAAGUAUAUACUGAUUAUUAGGGCAGCUGAUAUCUGGUUCACAAUCACAACAGAUUCAGCUUAUAUAUUCAAGUAGUUAUCACUCAAGUGGAUAUUGAGUUUUUACCUGAAUGUCAAUGAACA